AAUUUGCUCCUUCCAAUUCUGAAGACCGGACCGAGCAAACCCAGCGGAGCCAAAGGUCCGUCCCAAAAGCGCGAUUUUUAUCCAUCUUCCUCUUCCUUUCCAUCCAACAGUUGUUUCGUCGACGACGCCUCCUUCCUCUCAACGGAUUCGUGGCCAGGUCCCUGACUUCGUCCCCCUUCGAUCCAUAGGGCGGGAACAAUGUUCGAAUUGGCCGGAACCAGCGGGAGUUUUUGAGAAACGGAGGGGAUUUUCGAGAGGUCUUUUGGCUGAUGGGAGCCAGCGCAAACCCGUCGGGGAACCCGGAUGGAGCCAACGGCGGUCCCUUACCUGGAGGCGGCGGCGGCGGUGGUGGCGCGUCGGUUCCCGGAAACCCUAGCAAUGGCACCAUGGCGGCGGGGGCGGCAGUAGCAGGGCCCGCGCAGGCGCUGAAGCAUGACCCGGGGCUGUCGAUUGAGUGGUCCUCGGAGGAGCAGGCCAUCUUGGAAGAAGGGCUUAGCAAAUAUGCAUCUGAAUCAAUCAUAGUGCGUUAUGCAAAAAUUGCCACUCAGUUACGGGACAAGACAGUCCGUGAUGUGGCCUUGCGGUGCAGAUGGCUGACGAAAAAGGAGAACAGUAAGAGAAGGAAAGAGGAUCAUAACUUGACAAGGAAAAGUAAAGAUAAGAAGGAGAGAGUUACAGAAACUUCUGCUAAAUCAUCAGCGCACCUUGGGACACGACCUAAUGUUCUUCUGUAUACUCCGCCAAUGCUUCCUGUGGAUGAUGAUGAUAUUUCAUAUACAGCAAUUGGUGGUCAAACAGGAGAGCUUCUUGAGAAUAAUGCAGAGACCUUCACUAAAAUAUCGGCAAACUUCGCUAACUUAAGGAUGCAGGAUAACAUCAAUUUAUUUUGCCAAACGCGGGACAACAUACUUGCAAUCUUGAAAGAGAACCCUUUUUGGGAUACCUCAAAUUUAGCAUCAAUUUUUUGUCAAAUGUUUAUAUCAUUCAGUGUGAGAGGAACUAGACCACUGUCUCUCAUCCAUGAUAAAAGCAAAAUUGUCUCAUUAAAAGAAUUGCUGGGGACAGAUACUUCAAGUUGUUUGAAUGAUAUGCCUGAAAUAAUGAAGCAGAUGCCACCACUUCCGGUGAAGUUAAAUGAAGAGCUUGCCAACUCAAUCCUGCCAAGGACAACCAUGCCAAUGUAGAUCUGACCGGUGGAUGAUCUGUAUUUGCUCCCAUGUUAGACGCAGGCAAGGAAUGACCAACUUGAUCUGUUACAGUACCUACUAGUAACUCUAUUUAGUUUCCCUUUUGUUGCAUCCUGUGCAGUAUUUAGGAUAAUGCAUCAGAAAACACAGAUGCUAGUCAUUUUUGUAAGAAAUGAUAAUUCGUUAGACUAACGGAAAGCUAAUAAGUAGCAAUAAUUCCAUACUUU